AUACAAAAUUAACAAAGAAAAAGAAACAAUGUAAAGAAAACGUCAGGUGAUAACAAUGUUUAUAUACACGAGAGUAAAAAGAAAAACAGCAGCGUAAGAAGUCAAAGUCCGUUGUAUUUUGAUUACAAUUCAAAUAUCAUCUCUGUUAAAUGAUUGGACAUAACUAUUGGAAAAAAAUGUUGUAUGCGUUUACAAAUGAAAUGUGAUUGGUUGAUAUUGCGAGUGCGCAUAAGUGCACCACAUUUAUCCGAUGCAUCGUCGUCGACCUUGUAAACAUCUGUUUCAUAUCGCAAGUAAUCAGUCUCACAUGAGAACUUAACUUAAAGUGUACAUAGACCGAUCUGUCAGUACUACAUCUUUCACGUCGACUCGAAACAGAAUUGAAACUAAUUAGAUAUUCAGAUAUUUGUCAGAAUCAACAUUCAUAAUAGAUUGGAAAGUAGAGUGUGGAAAUGGAGAGUUCCGAAGAGCCAACCAGUUUGCAAUCAAUUUGUCACCUGCAUGCAUCAGAGUUAUUUCCAAAACAUCCACAUUUCGAAUGCGAAGAUCAGACAUUGACUGUACCGUUUACUCUUUUAAGUGGAGAAUCAUUGGUAGCAUUGGGACGCAUAUCGGAUGGUGGUGUUUUGGCUCUUUCUAAUUAUAGACUCUACUUACAACAGAGUCAAGCCUGUUACAAUAUACCAUUGGGCCUUAUUGAACAAUUAGAAGUAAAAGAAAUAUUCUUUUUGCAUAUUGGAUGUAAAGAUGCACGGUCAUUGAGCUGUUCAUUUUCCACUAACGAGCAUUGUCUAGAAUGGUUCAAACGAUUACAUAAAGUAACAUACCCACGUAAAAGUAUCGAAGACAUAUUUUCUUUUGCAUAUUAUGCAUGGUCUAUAGAAGAGGGUAAAGACUAUCCUAGGCUUGGAAAAGAUAAUAGUUCUUAUAUUUCUACUUUUAAUUCAGAGGUGGAACGAUUAAAAUUUAAUCUUCAUGGUACAUGGCGUAUUAGUCCGAUAAAUAAGGAUUAUAGAAUGUGCCCAUCUUAUCCACCACAACUUUUGGUUCCUGCUUGCAUUUCUGAUGAAACUUUGGAAAUUGUUGCUAAAUUCAGAAGUUCCAGACGAAUUCCUGCAGUUGUGUGGAGGCACGUUAAUAAUGGAGCAGUGAUAGCUCGUAGCAGUCAACCAGAAGUUGGUUGGUUAGGUUGGAGAAGUUCCGAAGAUGAGGAUCUUUUAAAAGCUUUGUCUGAUGCAUGUUCCUACGACAAAGGAGAAUCCACAAUGGUUGAUUCACCUAUUAAUUAUUCUGAUGUUGGAGAUGAUGCGAUAACUCCAACUGUUGCAAAAAAAGUUUUAAUCGUGGAUGCAAGAUCUUACACGACAGCUGUAGCAAAUAGAGCACGAGGCGGUGGUGUUGAAUGUCAAGAGUAUUAUCCAAGUUGUGAUAUUCAAUUUAUGAAUCUGGCAAAUAUACAUUCUAUUAGGAAAAGUUUUCACGCAGUCAGACAAUUAUGUGCAUCUGAUGCUGAUCAACCAAAUUGGUUGAGCUUAUUGGAAGGUACUAAGUGGUUACAACAUAUGUCAGGUUUAUUGCGUGCUGCAGUUACGGUUGCAUCUGCCAUAGAACGAGAUGGACGACCAGUAUUAGUACAUUGUAGUGAUGGCUGGGAUAGGACACCUCAGAUUGUUGCCUUAGCACAGAUAUUAUUAGAUCCCUAUUAUCGUACUAUAGAGGGAUUUCAAAUAUUAUGUGAGAGAGAAUGGUUAGACUUUGGACAUAAAUUCGCUGAUCGCUGUGGACAAACAGUUGGUUGCGAUGACCCAAAUGAACGUUGCCCAGUAUUUUUACAAUGGCUCGAUUGUGUACAUCAGUUAAUUCGACAAUUUCAAUGUAGUUUUCAAAUGUCUCCUGCAUAUCUUGUAAAAUUAGCACAGCAUACAUAUUCACAACUCUUUGGUACAUUUUUAUGUAACACAAGACAGGAGAGAUUACAGUUAAGAAUACAAGAACGUACUUUUUCAGUAUGGCGAUUUCUUAACUCUUCUUUAUUUGUUAAUCAUUUGUAUUCACCUUUAAGAAAUCAAGUAUUAUGGCCAAGUUGUAAUGUACGAGAUCUUGUUUUGUGGUCAGAAGUAUAUUUAGGUUCUAUGGAAUCCUCACUUGGUAUUAGGGAUGAUCAACAAAGAGUUACAAUGAUAGAUAUAGAAGGAGGUGAAAGUGAAGAACCACAAGGACAAAUGACUAAAACACGUUCUUAUGGAGAUCUUAUACAUGCCCCCGAUCAUGCAGCCUACCUUCACCGCAGACUUAGCGAUCCGAGUAUUUCUAUGGAAAAAAAAUUUGAUUCGUUAAAUUUGGAAGUUGAGGCUGAAAAAAUAGUAAAUAGCAUAGAUGAUAGCAAAUUUGAAACAUUAGAAGCAGAUCCAUCAGAGACUGACAUUAAGACCAAACAGUAUACUACAGUGCAAGCAUCGAGCGAAUCACCUGCUAAUCCAUCAGUGGAUAGUUCUACAGAUACAUUAAUACCUAAUAACGAUUCACUUGUUAGUGUUGUAAAUGGAGAGAAAGAAGCAUUGCAAACAAAUUUAGGACAAGAUAGUAUUUCACCGUGGAUUGAAACUGGUACAGCGGGACGAGGUACUUGUUCCUGUAAUCGUAAUCACAAUGAAGGUAGUGAUGUCAGUGAUACCAGUGCUCCAUUGAUAUCAAGAACACCAAGUAGCAUAUGUCCAGCUUCCCCAACUCAUCAGGAUGCUAUAUUAGAUAAUCCUGAUAGACUGGAUGAUGUCGAUGGUCUUCCUGUCAUUCAUUGUGAAAUUCAGUUACGAGUACAACAGAUUAUCAUCGAACACAAGCUAAAGGAAGAAGCAUUACGAAAGGAAUUACAUACAACAAGGCUAGCAUUAAUUAAGCAAGUGUGCAACCACAAUGCAGAUACCGAUCGUAUUGAUGAUAUUGGUUCAUUGCCAGAUUCGGUAGGCAGUGCUGGAGAACAUGGAGAAUCCUUACCAUCGGAUAUGUCUUGGGAGGCCGUUGAGGACUUGGUACCAGCUCCAACACUUUGGGUUCCAGAUCAUGCAGUAAAUCGUUGCAUGGGAUGCAAUACAGAAUUUUGGCUUGGUAGACGUAAACAUCAUUGCAGAUGCUGCGGCAAGAUAUUCUGUGCGGAUUGUUCGGAAAAUUCAACGCCGUUACCCAGUGAACAACUUUAUAAUCCUGUAAGAGUUUGCAAAGAUUGCUUUUCUCGACUUCAUCAUCAUACAAGUCCUUGCCAGUGCAGUGCUCGACAUCAGAAUAAAGUAGAUCACGAAACGGAUAUAUCAUCUAACUCAGAAACGUUGGUGACUUACCAAAGGGCAAAACCUAUUUCUAUGACAAAAGAUACCUGCUGUGACAACUUAAUGCAGGCUGCUCAUCAGAAAUCACAACCGUCUAUUACAGCAGAUGUAUCCUUCUUCCUUUUCAUCUUAAAAUGAUGCGAAGAGAAUUUGGAAAAUAUUAAAUAUCGGUUAAUCUAUAUAAUAUACAUUUAUACAGAGUGCAUAUAUAUUAUAUAUAUAUAUUUAUCGGGCAAUAGAUCCACUGUAAUUAGCGAUUUUCGAACACAACAUUUUUACAUGAACGUAAAACGUAUUAUAUUACACGGGGACAUUCCAAACAUAUAUUUCAUCCAUCAUUACAUUUAUUAUUAUUAUAACAGGUGGGUAAAACGGCAGAUAAAUAGUUCUACAAAACAACGGACGAGGCGGUUAAAUCUAUGAACUACUGUAAUAUGGAUAAAUAUUAUAUAUGUGUAUAUCAGUGCAUAAAUUAAAAGUGGACAGAAUAUUGUAUUUAUAUAAACUAUUUGUAUAACUGC